AUGUUGGACCACGUGAUGACGAGGCCGCCGCCUGGCUCCAGGAGGCCACCGCCUGGCUCCAGGAGGCCGAGGCCUGGCUCCAGGAGGCCGAGGCCUGGCUCCAGGAGGCCGCCGCCUGGCUCCAGGAGGCCACCGCCUGGCUCCAGGAGGCCACCGCCUGGCUCCAGGAGGCCGAGGCCUGGCUCCAGGAGGCCGAGGCCUGGCUCCAGGAGGCCGAGGCCUGGCUCCAGGAGGCCGCCGCCUGGCUCCAGGAGGCCGAGGCCUGGCUCCAGGAGGCCGCCGCCUGGCUCCAGGAGGCCACCGCCUGGCUCCAGGAGGCCGAGGCCUGGCUCCAGGAGGCCGAGGCCUGGCUCCAGGAGGCCGCCGCCUGGCUCCAGGAGGCCGAGGCCUGGCUCCAGGAGGCCGAGGCCUGGCUCCAGGAGGCCGCCGCCUGGCUCCAGGAGGCCGAGGCCUGGCUCCAGGAGGCCGAGGCCUGGCUCCAGGAGGCCGAGGCCUGGCUCCAGGAGGCCGAGGCCUGGCUCCAGGAGGCCGAGGCCUGGCUCCAGGAGGCCGAGGCCUGGCUCCAGGAGGCCGAGGCCUGGCUCCAGGAGGCCGCCGCCUGGCUCCAGGAGGCCGAGGCCUGGCUCCAGGAGGCCGAGGCCUGGCUCCAGGAGGCCGCCGCCUGGCUCCAGGAGGCCGAGGCCUGGCUCCAGGAGGCCGAGGCCUGGCUCCAGGAGGCCGAGGCCUGGCUCCAGGAGGCCGAGGCCUGGCUCCAGGAGGCCGAGGCCUGGCUCCAGGAGGCCGAGGCCUGGCUCCAGGAGGCCGAGGCCUGGCUCCAGGAGGCCGCCGCCUGGCUCCAGGAGGCCGAGGCCUGGCUCCAGGACUUUGCAUUCGCUAAAUAAUAAAUACUUAAAAGGGCAACAGGAAGAAUGGAGAGAACUUAGUUAUUAGUAGUACUUUAUUUUAGUUAGU